CACUUCCGCUUUAUGGUUGACAGCAAAACAACAGAAGAAGGAGCGAGAAAAAACAGACACCGGAGAAAUAUUUCACAAAAGCAGCUACCGUAACGGAAUGAAGGUGCUGACUUCACAGCAGGAGGUGGAGGAGGAGAGCCACUCAUCUCCUGUUGACUCCAACAGCCAUCACAGUUGUGAGGACAGAGAAGAGGAAGAAGUCCCCCCCUACCUCCAAGAAGAACACACACAUGACACAGACAAGGACCACCCCAGGCCAGAAGGAGGGGUCAUGUGGAGAGUGGGUGGCGGCCUGUUCGGCAUGACACGAAACGUUGUUGGUGCAACCCUAGGGGGUGUUGCUUGGGUAGGAACUAAGAGUUUUGAGCUCACCAAGACAGCUGUGACAAGUGUGCCGGCCGCCAGUGUAGGACUGGUCAAAGGGAGUGUCUCCAUGGUUACAGGAAGUGUUGGAGCAGUGGGAUCUGUGGUGGCAAGUAAAGUCACACCAAGGAAGAAGGACAAGGCUGACUGAUUGACCCUGGGCUGUGUGUGUAUGUGUGUGUGUGUGUGUGUGUGUGUGUGUGUGUGUGUGUGUGUAAUGCAAACAAGAGCAAAAUACCUCGAAAGCUUUGGAUGGAUUUUCAUCAUUGUUCUUCUGAUUUAAGCAGUGUAUUCACUCAUGCAGCUAUAAAGACAUAAAAGCAGGUAGAUGUCAGUCACUGUCAGUGGAAAUCUGCUACACAAGGAAGCACAGGCAUCAAAAGUGCAGAGGUGCAACAAGUACUCAACAAUUGAGCUGUGGUUGACAAAGGUUUAUCUUUAUAAAAUGAAUAUGUGACAGUUUUCUAAUCAGACGUGAAUAUAUAAAUUAUAAAAACAUGUUUAAAAGCUCAAGACUGAGUGAGGACACUCAGGCAGCCUGUCAGUUUGUAUCUGCGUGUCUGAACACACGCUGUCAUUUUCCCUCAAUUCAAUAGGACCUAACUGCUUGAGAUCAAAAUAUUUUUUUUUUUUUUUUUUUUUUGAAAAUUAUGGGAAAUUUUGUAUUUAAAUUUGGGAUCACAUGGCAUGAAACAAAGUGUGUGAGUAAGAGUAUAAAUGUUUCCAGUUGGAAUAGAGUGAGCGAUAUUCACUGAUAAAGCUCUACAUGUAUGUUGCUAAUGAGUCUGAGAACUGCUCAGCUUGUAUUACUUUGUUUUUACUCUCUGUUACUUGGUAAUGUCCUGAAGCUGUAGUUACAAACACCUUUACUGUCACUGUGCACAACCAAGUCACAUUCUCCACAUUCUACAACAGAGGUGGAGAGUGCAAACUUAGCAUGGACACAACUACGACAAUUAGACCCAGGUAUAAAAUUUUCAUAAUUAGACUUUAACUUUGGCUAUUCCAGAGAAUAUCAACUUGAAUUUGAAUCCCGACAAAGGGACUAAGUCCUUCAAGGGUUCACUGAUGUUCUGAAUCAGUUUUUAUCAGUGUUGGAAUGAACAGAUAUCUUUGUAUGUGAAUGUGAUGCAUCAUUUUUUAGUUUUGUAGGUGGACCUGCAGGGACACAGCUGAGCUUACUGAAAGGACUGGCUCUGAGCUCAGGAGCUGAUUGAAAAAUAGAUACAAGUGGACGUUUUGUGAGGGUUUAAAGAUAAGAAAGAUAAGGUUAGGUAAGUAAGGUUAAAGCAUAACUUUAUUAUCUGCAGGAAACUGGUUGUGUAGUCAAAUCAACACACUGAAGGAGAGACCAGAGCCUCAGAAUCUCAGGUGAGGAUUGAAAGUUACUGAUAACAGACACUUGGUCACAACAGAGUAGCAUUAAGUAGAGUGAGACUCUAUCAUAUGUACAUUUUAAGUCAUAGGCUUACAUUAAAAUGUGAAAGAUCGCUUUAAAUCGCUUUAAAAAAAUAAAUAAAUUCCACACAAAUACAAAUCCUGUUUUGGGCAAGUUAUAUAAGCAAAUGCACCAUUUCUGCAGAAUUUAGCUUCUCGUGUUUGUGUAUGUGUGAGUAUGUGCAUGUGAGUGCACACACACACACACACACACACACACACACACACACACACACACACACACAAAUGUGCAUAUUACCCAUCCAAUAAAAAAAAUGUCCCUACCAAAGUUAAAACCAAAUGGUCACUCUUAGGUUAAAGGACAGUUUCCCUCAGUAAACCCUCCUGUUCAGCCUCCCUCAAACCACUGCUCAGCACUGCAUGCAGUAGUAUGAUAAUUAACAAAUGCAGACAGCAGUUUCUCCUUUCAAGGAUUAUCAGUGAUGAAUGAAGACAAGUUAGUGAUAGAAUUUUUAUGUCACUUUCCCGUGUAGAAUGUUUGCAAUAUAUAGGCUACAUUAUUUUCAGCCACCACUGCUGAUAAUAAUUUUCUUAUAUAUACUGUAAUGAUUUUUUAAAAGUUCACUGUAUGUUCAUAUUUAAUAUGAGAUUAUGUACCUUUACUUGCUAUUACUUCUUCUGAAGUAUGUGUAUAUUAGCGGUGUAUUGUCUUGGCUGCCAGCCUGUGCGUUAACUGGAGCCGAUUUCACAACUUUUAUGUGUUCCUGUUCUUACACAGAGAUCACACAUUCUGAUAGAAUCACAUUUGGAAAUCACAAUUGGAAUUUAUUUCUGAAAUGUAUCUAAAGAAAGAGAACACUGAAAUGUCAGCUUCCAUGCUGCAAAUGUAAUGAAAUCGGCCUCAGGCUGGCAGAGGGUAGAGUAUACUGUAUGGUACAGUAUAUUGAAAAUGGAGGGUGAAAAUGUUUGGUUUUACAGGUUAACCAGUCUGCUGUUACUGUGAAACUGCAGGCUUUAUUGUUGUUGGGUCAGAUAGUGACACAUUACAGUUGUAAUUUCAAAAUGACACAUUGAGUGAAACCUGCUCAAAUGCAUUAGACUGAAAGAGAACUGAGAUCAGUGGUUUUUAUUUUCCCUUAUGCUUAAUGUGCCCAACAAAACAGCAAUAACACAGUUCACAAUGUCAAUGCAAUAUGUAAAUGUACUAAUUGAACAGGUCAGGUGUUGGACUGUCAGUAUGGGACCUUGACUUUAGUUUUCUUUUCUAGUUUGUGGACCAAACCAGAGCACCAAUGCUUUAUUAAUGGGUCCUUGAUUUUCUGGAAUAAUUUCCUGGAAAGAACUGUGUGAUUGAUUUAGAGAGGAAAUAGAAACUGUGUUUGUCUUAUACACCUCCAGUUAAUCAAUUCCAAUUACUUGUUUGUGUAACCUAGAAACUGAAAUAUGUCAAAAGGCAAGAAAAUAGUUCUACAUGUAUGAAGAAAAAACAUUUCAAUAGUAAUACUCAGUUUGGUUUACAGUGAGCUGUUCUUUCAAAGGAAAUUUCUUUUUCCUAUAAUUACCACAAGAGUUCUUUUCAGAAAACAAACACAAAGUAUUAGGAAACUACAGGUUUGUAAAAUAAAGUGUUACUUCCCGUGAAUAAUGAAACACUACAAUGGGGUGCGGAUGUUGCUCAUAGAAUGUCACAGUUGUAUUUCUGGGUCUGUUUUUGAGUCUGUCUGCCCCCUGUUGGUCAAAAUACUCAAUGCAACUUUCCUUAAGCAGUAGUUAUGGAGGAAGACAUAAACCUGCUGCAGAAUGAUCUAUGACAUGAGGAUACACUUUUUAUAAUAGUAUACAUGUACAUGACUUUCCCUUAUGAUGUGAUUAGUAUGAAGAUCAAACUCUGUUUGCAUUUUGUUUGAUUGAAUUUUGUAAUUGCACUGUUGCUGUGAAGCUACAUUUUUAUAUGUAAGAAAAAAAUCUUACAUUUGCUGCAUGCCUCAGAAUGAUGUUUCACAUACACAACCGGCUCUCUCCUCUCUCUCCUUCUUUCAUGUUACUUUUAGCCUGAAUUAUUCUCUCCCUCCCUUCCUCCCCCUCUCUCUGUGGUAGUUUAAACCUGAAGACUCUGUUACUAUGAGACUUUUCGGACAAAGCAAUUUUAUGUAUGAUAGAAUUAUUUUUGCAAACAGGAUGAGACUGUAUUCUGUAAAAUAAAAACAGCAGUGUUUCUGUGAA